GCAAGAGAAGAGCCGGAGUUGGCUGUGGGCCAUAAUUGGCUGCCUGCUGGUCCAGCUCUUUCCCCAUUACGUCCGUCCGUUGCCAGGAGGUUGCUCUCUCCUGCUAGCCUGCCAACUCCUUCGGUGGAAAGAGCCAUGCCUUGUCUUACAUUCCCUUAUGGUUCCUGAUGACGAGCACAGUGUCCACAGGAGGAUGAUUAUGGAGAGGGAGAAGAUGAUGCAGAAGUCCAGCAAGAAUGCCUCCAUAAAUUUUCUACUCGGGACUAUAUAAUGGAGCCCUCCAUCUUUAAUACUCUGAAGAGGUAUUUUCAGGCAGGAGGAUCUCCGGAGAAUGUUAUCCAGCUCUUAUCGGAGAACUACACUGCUGUGGCCCAGACUGUCAACCUGCUGGCUGAGUGGCUCAUUCAGACAGGUGUUGAACCAGUGCAGGUUCAGGAAACUGUGGAAAAUCACUUGAAGAGUUUGUUGAUCAAGCAUUUUGACCCCCGCAAAGCAGAUUCUAUUUUUACUGAAGAAGGAGAGACCCCAGCAUGGCUUGAACAAAUGAUCGCACAUACCACAUGGAGAGAUCUUUUUUACAAACUGGCUGAAGCCCAUCCAGACUGUUUGAUGCUCAACUUCACCGUUAAGCUUAUUUCUGACGCAGGCUAUCAAGGGGAGAUAACCAGUGUAUCCACAGCCUGCCAGCAGCUGGAAGUGUUUUCUAGAGUGCUUCGAACCUCGCUGGCUACGAUUUUGGAUGGAGGAGAAGAAAACCUUGAGAAGAACCUCCCUGAGUUUGCCAAGAUGGUGUGCCAUGGGGAGCACACGUACCUGUUCGCCCAAGCCAUGAUGUCCGUGCUGGCUCAGGAGGAGCAGGGGGGCUCCGCCGUGCGCAGGAUCGCUCAGGAAGUUCAGCGCUUUGCCCAGGAGAAAGGCCAUGAUGCCAGUCAGAUCACACUGGCAUUAGGCACAGCCGCCUCCUACCCCAGGGCUUGCCAGGCCCUUGGGGCUAUGUUGUCCAAAGGAGCCCUGAAUCCGGCCGACAUCACAGUCCUGUUCAAGAUGUUUACAAGCAUGGACCCACCUCCUGUUGAGCUUAUCCGGGUGCCGGCUUUCCUGGACCUGUUCAUGCAGUCACUCUUCAAACCCGGGGCCAGGAUCAACCAGGACCACAAGCACAAGUAUAUCCAUAUCUUGGCAUAUGCAGCAAGCGUGGUUGAGACCUGGAAAAAGAACAAGCGAGUGAGCAUCAAUAAAGAUGAACUGAAGUCAACCUCAAAAGCUGUUGAGACUGUUCACAAUUUGUGUUGCAAUGAGAACAAAGGGGCCUCUGAGCUAGUGGCAGAGUUGAGUACACUUUAUCAGUGUAUUAGGUUUCCCGUGGUAGCAAUGGGUGUGCUGAAGUGGGUGGAUUGGACUGUAUCCGAGCCCAGGUACUUCCAGCUGCAGACCGACCACACCCCGGUGCACCUGGCCUUGCUGGACGAGAUCAGCACCUGUCACCAGCUCCUGCACCCCCAGGUCCUGCAGCUGCUCGUUAAGCUUUUUGAGACUGAGCACUCCCAGCUGGACGUGAUGGAGCAGCUUGAGUUAAAGAAGACCCUGCUGGACAGGAUGGUGCACCUGCUGAGCCGUGGUUACGUUCUUCCUGUUGUCAGUUACAUCCGGAAGUGCCUGGAGAAGCUGGAUACUGACAUUUCACUCAUUCGCUAUUUUGUAACUGAGGUUCUGGACGUCAUUGCCCCUCCCUACACCUCUGACUUCGUGCAGCUCUUCCUUCCCAUCUUGGAAAAUGACAGCAUCGUGGGCACCAUUAAAACGGAAGGCGAACAUGACCCUGUGACGGAAUUUAUAGCUCACUGCAAGUCCAAUUUCAUCCUGGUGAACUAACUAGAGCAUCCUGCAGAGCUGAGCAGAACAUUCCAGGAGAGGAGACCAAUUGCGGAAAACCCUUUCAAGAAGCUGCUGUUUAGGGAGGUGGGCUCUGAUGGGAGGAGCUGGAUAGCUGUUCUGAGGGGAAAAUGUUGGCAGUGCAAGAGGAAACUCCCAGGGAUGGUUCCCCUCCUGUCCACCCAGGCUGCCCCCCGGGGCCUGCUGACAGUAUCCACUCCCGCCUGCAGAGGAGCUGCGUCCCCAUUGCCUCCUGGGACGGCCCCACCUGUCAGCCCUGGGCUGGUGGGAGCUGGGAACCGGACACUCAGGGGAAGGACUUCAAGCUGACUUCAGUUUUCUGACAAAACCCGAUUAUUAGUUGGUAUUUUGUUGUGAUUGUUUUAAUUUUCCAAGAACAAAUAAAAGCCUGCUCUCAUGUGGAAUAAGGCACGCUCAGGCCCCA